AGUGCGUCAGAUCCCAGGACACGUCAGACGUCCGGUGACUGAGGGACGUGGUUCCCGCGGAGGCAGCCUCCGGAUUAGCAAUGCUGCUAUAUUUAUCGCCUUCCACAGCUGUGCUGACGGAACGGGCGAGAAAACAAGGCCCACCCGCAAUGGAAGUUGCUGGAACGCGGCCACACAAUGGUCAGACACUGCGGACUCGUGACAGCCCAGAACACCCCAGUUCCUCUGAAGAAGAUCUCGGUGCGAGUGGAGGUGAAGGGGUUUGUGGCCGAUGUGUCUGCAGACCUGGAGUACAGGAAUGAGGAGGCUUCUCCCCUGGAGGCCGUGUUCACAUUCCCUGUGGACAGCGAUUCUGCCGUCUACAACUUCCAAGCGACGGUGGACGGGAAGACGAUCGUGGCCGAGAUAAAGGAACGGGAACAGGCUCAGGACGCCUACGACGACGCCAUCUCCUCCGGCCAGGAGGCCUUCCUGCUCGAGGAGGACAGCAGUAGCAGUGACAUCUUCACCUGCAGGGUGGGCAACCUGCCCCCAGGCUGUGCGGUCACCGUCUCCUUCAGCCUGGCCCAGGAACUGCCCCUUGAGGCUGAUGGUGCCGUCCGCUUCACUCUGCCCGCUGUCCUAAACCCCCGGUACUCCCCUGCAGGCACCCAGGGUCCCUGUAUAACCCAGGCCAGUGCCCCCACGGACAAGCCACUCUACACUUUGGAGCUGGAGGCUCAUUUCCACAGCCCACAUGGGAUCUCCCGGAUCCAAUCCAAUUGCCAAGUGACACCCGUGGAAUUCCUCAAUCCCGACAAGACGUCAGCCAAGCUCUCCCUGGUGAAGGGUCACGGCUUCGACAGGGACGUCGAGCUCUUGAUGUUCUCCGAGAAUGUCCAUGAACCGAGCGCCAUCCUCGAGGCAGGGCCGCGGUCUGCUGCUCCAGGGACCCUGAUGGCCGACCCCACUGUCAUGGUGAAUCUCUUCCCCCGGUUUCCCGAGGAUCUCCAGGACGUGCCGACAGGCGAGUUCAUUUUCCUCAUGGAUAGGUCGGGCAGCAUGGGAAUGUCGAUGUCUCACGGAAACUCCAGGUCCCGGAUCCAGUGUGCCAAGGACACGAUGCUCCUGCUCCUCAAGAGCCUUCCCAUGGGAUGUUUCUUCAACAUUUACGGAUUUGGGAGCCACUUCACCUCGUUCUUCCCGAAGAGUGUUGAGUACAAUCAGACCUCCAUGCAAGAAGCACUGUCUCAGCUGAAGGAGAUCGAUGCGGAUAUGGGUGGGACAGAGAUCCUGCAGCCCCUAUCGGCCAUCUACACAACACCCUGCGUGCCAGGACACCCGCGACAGCUCUUUGUGUUCACGGACGGUGAGGUAUCCAACACCAAGCAGGUGCUGGCUGAGGUUCAGAAGAACAGCCCCAGCCACAGGUGCUUUUCCUUCGGGAUUGGUGAGGGGGCCUCCACAGCGCUGAUCAAAGGCAUCGCCAAGGCGGCCAGCGGGAGUUACGAAUUCAUCACCGGGAAAGACAGGAUGGAGCCCAAGGUUCUCCGGACCCUGAAGUACGCCCUGCAACCCAGCGGGACAGGGGUGAGCCUCAGCUGGGACCUGCCCCCAGGGGUAGAGGCCGCUCUGCUGUCACCCCUCCCCAGCACGCUCUUCAACCAGCAGAAAACCAUCGUCUACGCCCAGCUGAAGGGGCAGAUGGAUCCCGACCUGGAGUGUGGGGUGACACUGAAAUAUUCACUGGGGGAGCAGCCGGUACAAGCUGAGACCAGGUUCAGCCUGAGACCCAUCGAGUGCAGGAGCUCCUCUGUCCACCGUCUGGCAGCCAAGGCUCUGCUGGGAUCUCUGGAUCUCGGGUCGGACCGCGACACAGAGCAGGUGAAGAGGCGUCUGGUUGAGAUCAGCACCCAGGCCAACGUGGUCUGUUCGCGGACGGCCUUCAUCGCCAUCAACAAGGAGCUUGGCCAGGCCGUGCAGGGACCCCUUAUCCGCAGGGACGUCCCCCUCUUUGCAGCGAAUUUCCCGGCUCAUCAAAUGAUGAGAUGCCUAGGGGCUCCACUUCAACGACUCUGCGGAGGUUUCCUGCCUCCUCCUGUCGGCGGUAUUGGGGCUCAUCAUGGACUCCUUCCCGAGAGCUGCCCACCUCCUCCACCACCCCCUGCACAAAUGGGAAUACCUGUCAGCGGUUUUGCUCCUCAAAUGAUGAAAUUCAAAGGGGCUCAUCCUGGAAUCGCUUUCGAGAGCUGCCCACCUCCUCCAUCACCCCCUGCACAAAUGGGAAUACCUGUCAGCGGUUUUGCUCCUCAAAUGAUGAAAUUCAAAGGGGCUCAUCCUGGAAUCGCUUUCGAGAGCUGCCCACCUCCUCCAUCACCCCCUGCACAAAUGGGAAUACCUGUCAGCGGUUUUGCUCCUCAAAUGAUGAAAUUCAAAGGGGCUCAUCCUGGAAUCGCUUUCGGGAGCUGCCCGCCUCCUCCACCACCCCCUGCACCAAUGGGAAUACCUGUCAGCGGUUUUGCAGAUGAGGACGAGUCACUCGGGCCCCCUGCCCCAGACGAGUCUCCGGUGCUGAAGCUGAUCGCGCUGCAGAACGCAGACGGAUCCUGGACUCCGGACCCCGGCCUGGAGUCACUGCUGGGCCUGAGCCCUGGCCGGGUCAGAGGAGGCCUGCCCCUGAAGGAUAUGGACCUCACUCUGUGGACAACCAUCUUGGCCGUGAUCUGGCUGAACGCCUUCGCUGCCGACUCCAAGGACGAGUGGGGUCUGCUGGUGACGAAGGCCCUGUCCUGGGUCCGGGCCCGAGCAGGUGCAGACCUCGUGGAGUGUGUGAAAGCAGGAAACCGGCUUCUGAAAACCUCUAUUCUUCCUGGGACACUCGGACUGUGAGGGAAUUGCUGGAGGGGGUUCUGUUGGUGUCACCACAGUGAACACCUCUUGUGGGCUAUCGUUUCAUCACCGCUCUAUCCGUCCACCCCUGUUGUAGGGGACCCGUUGGUGAAGCUGUACCUCUGGUCCUUCGUGGGACUGUUUUAAUGAUGGUGAUGGUUACUGACCCAGGAAUGAUGUGCGUGAAAAUCUUCUGUCCCAAAUAAAUCUGCUUCUGCCUUCCAA